AUGGCAGCCAAAGUCAAGAAUCUUAUGAGUGCAGCGCACACUGCGGGCAUCUUUGCCGACAUUGCGGUGGACGGCCCAGAGAUUGGAACCCUGGUCGCUAUCGUCGAUCGGGCCAAGAACUUGCCGAAUCGCAAGACGAUCGGGAAGCAGGACCCUUACUGCGCAGCCAGAUUAGGAAAGGAAGCCAGAAAGACAACGACAGAUGUCAGAGGUGGACAAACACCAAAAUGGGAUCAAGAACUUCGUUUCACAGUCCAUGACUGCCCGGAUUACUACCAACUCAAGCUAUCCAUCUUCACAGACGAUAAGCGGACAGACCUGAUUGGAGAAUCCUGGAUAGACCUCAGAGGAAUCAUUGUGCCUGGGGGCGGCCAAAAUGACUUUUGGCAAACAUUAACUUGCAAAGGCAAAUAUGCCGGAGAGAUCCGAGUUGAAAUCACUUUCUACGAUACUCGACCAAAGCCAGACAAGCCCGCACCGAAACAAAAGCAGAUUGCAUCUAGCGAACCCGACCAAGGAUCUGUUAAGCAAAGAACGCCCGUUAAGAGACGUCCCUUGCCGUCCGAUCCUGUUACUGGUGAGGCUCCAGCUGUGACUCCUCCAGCCCCUGUUCCAGCUCCAACGACAGCACCCCAGCCAGCUCCCUUGCCGGCGCCUACAGCAACACCUAGUGGUCCUGAUCACCGCACGCCUGUACGAACUCACGGCAAACAAGCCUCACACUCAGGAAGCUUUGUCCCAACACAGUCCCCUUUGCAAGCUGUCGAGUACAACACGCCGCCGUCACACUCAUCGCGCCGUCACACGGAGCAAUACCCCCCAUCUCCACACGGGUCUGUCCCACAGGAGUAUAUAACACCAAGUCGGGAAGCACCCCGCCAGUCGCGGAGGUCGAUGGUUCCUUAUGAGGGAGCUCACCCGCCGUACGAUGAGCGGGAGUAUAGCUCAAGAUACACACCACAACAGGAGCUGAUGGACCCUCGAGCCCAAUACUCUCCUCAACCAGAUCAGAUGGAUCCUCGAGGCCAUUACUCUCCCCAACAGGACCCCUAUCAGCAGCAUCCGCCACUGGCAGAUGAUCCCAGGCAGUACUCGCCAGUAGAGAAUGAACGUCCUCCACCACCACCCGCCCACAGAAGCAGACACAACAGCACAGGCCAGGAACUUGUGCCCAGAGGAAGCUUUGAUACGUCACCAAACAAGAUGCCACAGAUGAGACAUGACGUUUUGAGACAUGAAGCUCAGAGACAGUCAAUGGUGGCUUAUCCUGGACGCCCGGCAUUUCGGGCAUAUGAUUCAGCCCCUGCCGCCAAUCAAUCCACCCCGCCAAACACAAACAGCUAUGAUGCUUUGCCGAGACAUAGCUCUUAUGACGCCAGUUAUGAUCCCCAUUACAGAUCUAUGCAGCCCACAGUUGAGGAUGUCCCUGAAGCCUCAGGUCCACCUGGCCAGAACUUUGCCCAAAAUGGCUCACAGUUCCAGCGUUCCGAUGAGCUUUGCUUCGAUGACAACCCCAGCCCUGCACCUCUCGUCCUGCGACGAUCUCCUGUUCCUGCUCCGGCUCCAUUCCGGGACGAUUACUCGCCAUCGCACGCCCCCCAAGAUUACCACAACCCUGAGGACUGGCAGGUGACAGUGUCACCAUCUCAUGGCCGAGGCUAUUCAAGAAACGCCGGGGAUAAUUCCUAUUAUCCCCAGAAUGGCCAAGGCCAUUAUCAAAGCCACUCGACUGACAUGACUGUCGCGCAUAGGCAAAACCCACACAACUAUGCUCCGCCGCCUCUCCCAGCAGCUCUCGUACCGGGUUUGGAUGCAAGCCAGUCUCAGGAAUUGACGGAUCUCAUAUAUGAGGACCGCCGACAUGACCGAAGGCAGCAUUCUCAGAGCAUGUCUAGUAUGCACACGCCCCCUCGAGGACGCCCGAGGGACGAGUCGUUCCAAGAAUAUAAUCAGCCGCCACCCGAGCAUGCCUAUGCUGUUCAGCCGUACAACCGGCGGGCAAUCACUUACAACCCGCCGGAGCAACAAAUUGUAAAGCCUCGAGCCAUAUCGCCCGACCCACGCGCAAGCCCCAACACACAGCACAGGAUCAAGCGUAAAUCGGUCAGUCCUGCACCACCGCUCGAAGAUCAGAGGAGAAAGUCAGAUAUCCCUUUUGGACCAGACUCGUAUGACGCAUUGAACCCCAGCCUUGUUUCGUCCAAAGACGGAGCAAGCCCAUCACCGGAUUUCUUGGACGAGGAGCCAAAGAAAAUCAUUACAUACGACGGACGGGAGAUUGAUCCUUCUGACCAUCUUCCUAUGGAGACAUGGGCCCCUGAACCGGAAAAGAAGCAACCGGAGUCUACCCCGACGGAAACACGCUCGCGACCUCCCUUAUCAGGGGCACAACCAAUGCCUCCAAGCACUCGAAGGCCACCUCGCAGUGGGCGUCAUUCGAUGUCCGCCGUCAAUCCAUCUUAUUCAUUCUCCGACGAACCACGCACACCCCCACAGGCCGGUCGCACCCGUCUUCAGAAGCGCACUAACCGCACUUCGGCUGGCAACUCCCCAGCAGCCUCCAGUCCACUGGCUCCAAUUUCUAAGGAUAAUUACCAGGAGAGGGCUCCAUACGGAAAUGCUUCGCUUCGCGGCCUACCCCGUGCAGGAACGUGGGACUUUGAAGACGAGAAUCGGGGUGCAUAUGGUGGUCCUCCCAUUCCAGCAAAGAUCCCUCUGCCCAUGAUGAGCGGUGCCAACGGCACGGGGCAGGAGUUAGCAUUAGUGCAGGAGAUGCAGCGAAUUGAUAUUGGGACAGGCAGGUCCCGACGCAGGGGAGGAUACUAA